GGGGCUUAGGCGCGGGGCAGUGUGGGGCGGGGGCGGGACGGCGCCCCGCCGCGGGUCGGGCCCUGUAUCAGCAGCCGAGCGGGCGCUCGGGCGGGACAUGGCUGGCUGUGUGGCCCGACGGGCCCUAGCAGUGGGCAGCCGCUGGUGGUCUCGGUCGCUGGCCACGACCCGAGGGUCGAGGCCGCUGUGUGCGGUCGGUGGAGCAGGGGCCCUUCCGCCGGUGGCCACAGCGACGACACGAAGGCAUCUGUCGUCCCGAAACCGUGCAGAGGGCAAAGUGCUGGAGACAGUUGGUGUGUUUGAGGUGCCAAAACAAAAUGGAAAAUAUGAGACUGGGCAGCUAUUCCUCCACAGUGUUUUUGGCUACCGAGGGGUCGUCCUGUUUCCCUGGCAGGCCAGACUGUAUGACCGGGAUGUGGCUUCUGCAGCUCCAGAAAAAGCAGAGAACCCUGCUGGCCAUGGCUCUAAGGAGGUGAAAGGCAAAACUCACACUUACUAUCAAGUGCUGAUUGAUGCUCGUGACUGCCCACAUAUAUCUCAGAGAUCUCAGACAGAAGCUGUGACCUUCUUGGCUAACCAUGAUGACAGCCGGGCCCUCUAUGCUAUCCCAGGCUUGGACUACGUCAGCCAUGAAGACAUCCUCCCCUACACCUCCACGGAUCAGGUCCCCAUCCAGCAUGAGCUCUUUGAGAGAUUUCUUCUCUAUGACCAGACAAAAGCACCUCCUUUUGUGGCUCGAGAAACGCUACGGGCCUGGCAAGAGAAGAAUCACCCAUGGCUAGAGCUCUCUGAUGUGCACCGGGAAACUACUGAGAACAUCCGUGUCACAGUCAUCCCUUUCUACAUGGGCAUGAGGGAAGCCCAGAAUUCCCACGUCUAUUGGUGGCGCUACUGCAUACGCUUGGAGAACUUGGACAGUGAUGUGGUACAGCUCCGGGAGCGGCACUGGCGGAUAUUCAGUCUCUCAGGGACUUUGGAAACAGUUCGAGGACGAGGGGUGGUGGGCAGGGAACCAGUGUUAUCCAAGGAGCAGCCUGCAUUCCAGUAUAGCAGCCAUGUCUCUCUGCAAGCUUCCAGUGGGCACAUGUGGGGCACAUUUCGUUUUGAGAGACCUGAUGGCUCCCACUUUGAUGUCCGGAUCCCACCCUUCUCCUUGGAAAGCAAUAAAGAUGAGAAGACACCACCCUCAGGCCUACACUGGUAGGACAGCUGAGGCCCAGGUUGGCCCUAAGAACAACAGCUCUCUACCCAUAAUUGCUGCAGAACUCUAAACCUCUCCCUACUGUGGAAUUCUUUUUUUGGAGGGAGAUUAUAUCUUUUCUUGGAAGACCCACAUAAGACUGCUCCAAGGUUGGCCCCUGCCCAGGCUCUGCCUACACCAUGUUCCAGCAAAGCUGUCAGGGAACUGUAUUCAGUUGUCACAUCUUCUGGAAUGUGAGGUGUCAUCAAUAAACCAGUGCUCCUUGGCCACCAUGGCCAUUUUUGUCUCCAGGGUCUCAGGCCCCCUGCUGGCCCUAUAGGAACUCUUAGUUGCUUUCCAUGCAAAAUUUCUAGAGAGCUGCUGGCUCUGCUAGGGUGUGUCUUCCUCAGAGGCUGGGCAUCUCCUGGGGGCCCUGGUUAACAGUGGACAGCACUGGACUAAGUUCUCAGUCUCUUUACCUUCCGCCCAGUGUAGAGGAGGCCAGCAUUUAGAGUUGGACUGACCUGACUGUAAACAGGGAUUACCCAUCAGCACCCCUGGCUUCACUAGGCCUGGAGAAGAGUGAGGCAAAACCAGUCAGGUUUCCUGGAGCUGUGGGCUUCCGAGCAUUGAGCAAAGUCUGUCAAGCAUCCAGACCACAAGUGCAGGAAUUCAGCCAAGAAGCAGCUUAAGUUAUGGUCAGUGACCAAGCCAAGCCGCUUGUGGAGCUUCUUUCAGGUCAACAGGAGUCAAGAGAAUUGGGCUGCAUUUUGCCCCACUUCUUAGGAUUCCUUCACCACUAUAGUUACUGUUAGAGGUCCUUUCAUUCUUGCAUUAUUAAAUCUCAGUUCCAGUC